AGCAUGGGCGGCCCGAUGCAGAGGGUGACGCCUCCGCGGGGCAUGGCUGGCAUUGGCCCCCAGGGCUAUGGCGGUGGCAUGCGGCCUCCGCCCAGCUCCCUUGCCGGCCCGGGUCUGCCUGCCAUGAACAUGGGUCCCGGAGUUCGCGGCCCGUGGGCCAGCCCCAGUGGCAACUCGAUGCCCUACCCGUCGUCGUCCCCUGGCAGCUACACGGUGAGUGGCGCGGCGACCGCAG